GAUGUGUUUAUCGAGAUCGAUCAAAUCAAACUGAAGAAACAACAACAACAAAAAAUGCCACUCUCUUCUUUGCAAACUCCGUCUUGUGCAACUCUCUCUGCUUCGAUCCAGAAGGGACGAUGGAAGAUGCUCGCAGCCGGAUUCUCCGUUACUCUUCCUCUUCCAGCUGUUCACUUCAGUCACCGGCGAUCGAUUCGUGCUUCCGCUAGUUCUUCUCCCUCUCCAUCAUCGUCUUCGUCUCUCGGAGCUGGUGAGAACAAUGAGCUAGAUGCUGUAUCAGCCUUUAGCGAGAUUGUUCCUGAUACAGUCGUUUUCGAUGACUUUGAGAGGUUCCCACCGACUGCAGCUACAGUUAGCUCUUCUCUUCUUCUGGGAAUCUGUGGUCUACCUGAUACAGUUUUCCGCAAUGCUGUGGACAUGGCUUUGGCGGAUUCUUCUUGUGCAGGGCUUGAAACCACCGAAUCUCGGCUCUCUUGCAUUUCCAAUAAGGCAAUGGUUAACGUAGGUGGCGAUCUAGUCAAACUCGUUCCAGGUCGAGUUUCAACUGAAGUGGAUGCACGUCUUGCUUAUGACACAAACGGCAUUAUCCGCAAGGUUCAUGAUCUGCUGAGACUAUACAAUGAAAUAGAUGUACCACACGACCGGCUCCUAUUCAAAAUCCCUGCAACUUGGCAAGGUAUUGAAGCUGCAAGAUUGUUGGAAUCUGAGGGAAUCCAAACGCAUAUAACCUUCGUUUACAGCUUUGCUCAAGCUGCAGCAGCUGCUCAAGCCGGUGCUUCUGUCAUUCAGAUUUUCGUUGGUCGCCUCAGGGACUGGGCGCGUAAUCAUUCGGGAGAUACCGAGAUUGAAACUGCUAUUAAAUCCGGAGAAGAUCCUGGUUUGGCCUUGGUGAGAAGAUCAUAUAACUACAUUCACAAGUAUGGUUACAAGUCCAAGCUGAUGGCUGCUGCUGUCCGGAACAAACAAGACUUGUUCAGUCUUCUCGGGGUCGACUAUGUGAUUGCACCAUUAAAGGUACUGCAAUCUCUCAAAGACUCACCUGCCAUCCCCGACGAUGAAAAAUACUCAUUUGUUCGGAAACUUACUCCUGAAACAGCAACGCAUUACAACUUCACCAACAAAGAGCUGGUCAAAUGGGACCAGCUAAGCAUGGCUUCAGCUAUGGGUCCUGCAUCAGUGGAGCUUUUAUCAGCUGGUGUCGAGGGUUAUGCGAACCAAGCUAAACGCGUUGAAGAGCUCUUUGGGAAGAUUUGGCCACCUCCUAAUGUCUAAAACAAAGCUUUUCCCUUCAUCACUAAGGAUCUACAUCAAUAAGACUGUAAGAAAACUAAAAGCCCAUGUUACUUGAACACUACCCUCUUAAUCUUCUUUCCCCUUUCUUCUUUUUCGUGUGCCUUGUAGUUCAUCAUGGUCUCUUGUCUAAGACUUCGGCUACAAGACGAGACUAAAACUAAUCUUUUUCAUAUUGUUCCAUCUGAAACUUUGGGGUCUGUUUUCUUCUGUAAAAUGACUUAGUAGGUUCUCUGA